AUGCCCCGGUCGAUGGACGUGAUCGUUCGGGACGAGUGUUGCGACCGUUGCAAGCCCGGCGAUAAGGUGCACAUCACCGGCAGCCUGAUCGUGGUGCCGGACGUGCCCUCCAUGAUGAACCCGUCGGAGCUCACGCAGCAGACGCGGCGCUCGCUGAACACUCGGUCAGACUCGUCCUUCUCCGACGGCGUGAAGGGCCUCAGUGGCAUGGGCAACCGCGACCUGACGUACAAGUUGUCGUUCUUCGGCGGUUACAUCGAGAUGGAUUCCGAGUUCGGACAGGAGGCCGAGGAGGAGGACGCACGGACAGACGCAGGCCUGUUCCUCACGCAGAACGAGAGGGACCGCUUUAUGGCCCUCCGCAAUAGGGGUGACUGCUUCGACAAGCUCGCCAGCAUGAUCGCCCCAGGCAUCGAGGGACACCUGGAGGUGAAGAAGGGCAUCCUCCUGCUGCUUGUGGGAGGUCUCGUCAAGAAAACGGACGAGGGCAUCAAGCUCCGCGGAGACAUCAACAUCUGUCUCCUCGGGGACCCUGCCACCGCGAAGAGCGCAAUCCUGAAGUGGGUGUCCACGUUCCUGCCCAAAGCCGUCUUCGCGUCGGGCAAGUCCUCCACAGCGGCAGGCCUCACCGCGUCCGUGGUGAAGGAGGCGGACUUGGACCAGGAGAAGGUCAUCCAGCCUGGCGCUCUUAUGCUCGCCGACAACGGCGUCUGUUGCAUCGACGAGUUCGAACGGAUGGACGCCAAGGACCAGUCUGCUAUCCACGAAGCCAUGGAGCAGCAGACGAUCACGCUCUCGAAGGCCGGCAUCCAGGCCACGCUCAACGCCCGCACGUCCAUCCUUGCCUCGUGCUUGCCCAAGGCCGUGUAUUACCAGCCCACCCAGCCGCUGCACAAAAAUUGCGACCUGUCUGCGCCCAUCAUGUCGCGCUUCGACCUCAUGUUCGUGAUGCAGGACAUCCAUGACGAGACCAACGACCACCGCGUCGCAAAGCAUAUCCUGGCGCUCCACAGGCAGACCGCGGAGGACACGAGCUCCCAGCUCACCCCCACGGAACUGAUGCGCUACAUCCGCUACGCUCGGGCGCACAAGCCGAAGAUCUCGCAGGAGGCGAAGAAGCUACUGGUCCGCUCCUACAAGGCCCUCCGGAAGGACCGCCACUCCUACAUGCGCGGGGGCGCGGGCGUGACGGUGCGGCAGCUCGAGAGCCUCAUCCGACUCUCGGAGGCGAUCGCGAGGGUGAACUUGUCGGACCAGGUCACCGCGGAGCACGCCAAGGAUCGGAGGGCGUUCGACCUCCAGAUGAACAGCCUCAAGCGCGUGGAGCAUGAGAACAUCGACCUCGGCAUCGACGCCCCAGACGCGGCGGACGAGGCCGAGCCGACUCGCGAGGGCCUCGCGGCCGAGGAGGCCCCCGCGGAACGCCGUCCGCGGAGGAUGAGGCUCACUUUCGCGGAGUACCAGAGGACCUCGGACCUUAAUGCUCAUUCGGUACUUGGCGCAGCAGCUCGCCGCUGA